GUGAGUCUGGUUGGGAAAAUAUGUCUGUCAGGGUAAUUAAAUAGCAUGCUUGUGUACUUGCUUUCAUUUUACGCAUACAUAUAGCAAUCUUUUUUCCAGUUGGUUUUAUUUCUAACAGCUCCCCGGGUUGAAACUAUAACCCACUGAGGACAUAACAGUGAACGGAGUGAACAAGACCCUUUCGGAUGUCGCGCCCCCACAAGGCAGGCAUACAAGUAAAUACCCGGGGGACGUGGAUUCGGACGGCGAUCAAGAUUUUUUUUAACCAGCUUGGACGACAUGCAACCCAUGAAGAAACUUAAGUUGUCAAUUUAAAACAACGCCAUAUCAAGGCAGCUGGACUUAAUGUUUCGCAUCCCAUCAGCUUCCUGGCAAUUAGCUGGUCAAUAGCCAGCUAACGUUAGCCUCACCGGGGCCCAAAUUCCGCUGCAUUUUCCAGUCAUCCUUUGACUUUGUAAGGAGGAGUAUGGACUUUCCAAGCCACUUUGAGCAGAUCUUUCAGCAGCUCAACUAUCAACGGCUACAUGGGCAGCUGUGUGAUUGUGUCAUCGUGGUGGGCAGCCGACACUUCAAGGCCCAUCGCUCUGUGUUGGCUGCUUGCAGCACCCACUUCAGAGCAUUGUUCACAGUCGCUGACGGAGAUGCAAGUAUGAAUAUGAUCCAGCUGGACAGCGAGGUAGUGACAGCAGAGGCGUUUGCCGCCCUGGUGGACAUGAUGUAUACGUCCACCCUAAUGCUUGGAGAGAGCAACGUUAUGGACAUCUUGCUUGCCGCCUCACAUUUGCACCUCAACAAUGUGGUCAAAGCCUGCAAACACUACCUGACGACACGAACCCUACCCUUGUCCCCAUCUUGUGACAGACCCCCACCUCACCACCAACAGGAGCAGCAGAGGCACAGGCAGCAGGUGGCAGAUUUGGUGAACCCCGCCUUAGCCACCAAUGCUAACCUGGCUGCAAAUGCCGCCACCUCAAAGUUGCAGCGUUCAUUUUUGUUGCAGCAACUUGGCCUCAGCUUGGUGAAUUCUGCUUUAGGUGGAAUGGAGGACGAGGGGGUGGGCGGCAGAGUGAUGGAACAAAGAGCUUCUUUCCCUAUGCGCCGCUUUCAUAAGCGCAAAGCCUCUCCAGGCUUAUCAGAGGGGCCCAGACAGAGACCGCGACCCUCCGCCCAGAACUUGGGGUUGCUUUCGGAAGAGGGGGUGAACCCAGACCGUGAGGACAGAGCACUUCUCUCGCCAGACUCCCACAAAAUGGGGGACGACUCCAAACUGGAUGCGGGCAUGCUCUGCGCCCCUCAGGAUGACCCUCAGAUGCCGAGCCAGUCAGACAGUGUGCGGUGUGAGGGGGACAACAGGGGGAUAAUGCUGGGAGGGGUGGGCAAGGAGGAGGACAUGGAGGAUGGAGACCACCAGGCCAGUGGAGUAAAGAUCAAAUCAGGAAGUGAGGGAGAGGAAGAGGCAGAAGAAAAAGAACAGAAGGUGCUGGUUAAACAAGAGCCACUAAGCUCACCCGAACCCGCAGAUGAAAUCAGUGACGUGACAUCACAGGCCGAAGGCAGUGACCCGGCUGAGCCGGUCAGCCAAGAGGAUGAAGAGAAGGUGGAGCUUAGUCCCGAAAGCAGCGACCGUAGCUUCACCUCCAAACCGCAGCCCAGCUCCAACUCGCUGCUGCAGUCCGGCUCCCAGCUUCUCCUCAAGAGCAGCAUGGGAGACAGCGGGGGAGGUUUUGGGUGUAGUAACGGGUUGAACAGCAAACCUGAAUUCAGUAUUUCCAGCUUCCUUGGCCCAAAGAAUUUUAGGAAUGGUAGUGGUGGUUUGAUAGGUGGAGAGGAUGACCUGCCCAACACCACCACCGUUGAUGCUGUAGCUCAUAACUUCCUGUUGAGGCAGGAGGCUUCUGGAUCAUCUGGUUCCACCUCGUCCUCUUUGCUACAGUCCAAUCAACUUAGCACUGAAAGUUGUACUGGUUUUGGAAACAACUUACAGGCUGAUUCUCUGUUUCUUCACCCCCUUCAUGACAGUUAUGGAAACCCUAGAGGGACUGGUGGGAAUGAAGAAAGUGGAGGAGUUGAUCCAUUUGCUUUGGACUUCCAACGUUCCAGUCUGGGGCUACACUCCCUGGGGCAUCCCCCACGUGGAGCCAGCGGAGCCGCACCCACCGUUAUGAGUUAUCCUGGUUACAGACGCAUUGCCCCAAAGAUGACCAAUAACAUGGGGCGGGAGGAGGGCGGCACUCUCCAGGAUCCUGCCUCUUCCUCGUCAAGCCUGGCAAGCCCCAUGCUGCUGAGCGAGAGUUCAGGGUAUGACAUGAGUAGUGGCAGGCCCACCUCCCUCCCGCCCCAGCUAACCCGUGCCUCUGCAGACGUACUAUCAAAGUGUAAGAAGGCUUUGUCGGAGCACAACGUUUUGGUGGUGGAAGGCGCUCGCAAAUACGCCUGUAAGAUCUGCUGUAAAACUUUCCUGACGCUGACCGACUGCAAGAAACAUAUUCGAGUGCACACGGGAGAGAAACCCUACGCCUGCCUUAAGUGCGGCAAGCGUUUCAGCCAAUCUUCGCACCUCUAUAAACAUUCAAAGACUACUUGUCUUCGCUGGCAGAACAGCAGCAUGUCCAAUGCCCUUCUCUAGAGCACUUACAUAGUGUUCUGGAGAAAGCUGAUGGAUGUCCGUCUGAAUCGCAGACCAACAAGCAAGGUGCUUAUUAGUUACUGUUCUGAACAAAGCUAGUUCAUGUCAAGAUAUCAAAGCAGGACUGGUGACAUUUCAAGUUCAAUGUCCUCUUAAGUCAUACAUUUUCACAAUGUAUCUCCCUGUUGAUUACGUAGCGGAGCUUUACAUGCAAUCUAGAGAUUUGCGCAAUCAGCAAGAUACGUUGUCUGUAAAAAUCAACUGAACCCAGAGUACCGCGGGGUACAUUUGCACCUUUGACUUUUGAGUUUACAGAUGGGACUUUCACCUUUCACCGGCAGAAGUGCACCUUUCCAGUGAAAGUGGUAUCCUGUAUCUUUAGUUUAGAAAUGAUCACGGUUCACUGGAAAAUGUGAAACGCACCUUAUUUUGCAUUCAAAGGCAUGACUAGACUUUCUAGCCUUAAUUGUAACUGAUGGGGAAUGAUUGCAAAUCUAGGUCAGUGUUGUCAAAAAAACAAAUAAAUGAUUUCUGAAAUGUAAAUAUCGAGCAUUUGUGAAUCAAGAUGUCAUGUUUUCUUGUAGAAAGUGUCUGUGUACUGUACUUCAUUUAAGUGCUUUCAAAUGUCUCAUGCAUCUCACAUCGUCCUGUAUUGGAGACAAAUCACUGCUUUUGUGCAAAUAACAUGUUGAUUCCAAAUGUGAGUCCUAAUGAUGAGCUAAUUUGAUGUGUUAUGCUAAGGCCAAUUUUAUGACUUUUUAUUUGAAGCAUUGACUUUUUAUAGUAUUUGCACCAGUUAUGUGUUAAUAUAUCUACCUGUGACCAGUUGACUAGCUGACCAGGGUUUAUUGUUGUUUGUCCAAUGUUAAAAUCAAUGAACCAUAUUAACAAUGCCUGAAAGGAUGUAAAUAGGAGCAGACCUACUGAGUAGAAAUCAUAUCCUUGGAGUGUAACAUAACAACCAGAAUGAAUUAAAGAGAGGUAAAAACACUUCUAUACCUGUUUUUAUAUCACAAACUUUUGGAUGAAAAUCCCACAAUCAUUCCAAUUGCACACCUUAUUUGUUCUAAAGCAUUCCUAUGAGAAUUGAGUUUGAACCCCUAAGCACUCCGAAAAGGUGAUUGAGAUUCUAUGAAUAUGUAUAUUUAGCUACACCUUUUUUUCUUCUUCACGAUGAAUGUAUUUAUACUUGUUCUUAACAUGACAACAUCAAUUUUAAUGCACCACAAAUUCUGUCAACAAGUGAACAAACUUCAGUUAAAGGUGCUAUGAAAUGCUACAAGUGACUUUGCAAGUGCAAAAGUGCCAUAAAAAGCUUAGAAAUUAAAUAUUAUAAUUUGUCUAGCUUUCUGAGCUGCCUUGGCUCCACCCACUAAAAAAAUCUCAAAGAUUUCACAGCCAAAAUAAGCUGCAGAGUUUUGCAGUCUGCUAGCAUGCUAUCCAUAUCCACACUUCUCUUUUUGCCGUGUCAUUCUAUCAACAUGUACUAGCUAAACAUGACCAUCAACUCUGGUUGUGAUGUCACAACCAGAAUUGCUAGGGGAAAAAGUGGGUGUUCCUUGAUGCAAUGUUUGGGUGGAAUAACUAUAAAACAACCAGAUUCGAGUGCCAAAUUUGUUUUCUACAUGUAAAAUGAGUGCAGUUAUUCUCAUUUUUUGACAUGCUCCCCAUUUCAUAGCACCUUUAAACUCUGCAGCACGUAACUCACCUGCUAAAUAACCUAAUUGUUGUAGUUUGAUGCUGAUUUGGCAAACAUUAGCUAUGCCUUUAAUUUCUAUAGAUUCUUAUGGUCUAAUGUGAUAAAAGUUAACUGGUCAGUAAUGGUAGACCUUUGUGCCUCUGUUGGUUACAUCAGAUUUCCUCACUCAAAUGCCGGAGUUGUGAUGUUGCCUGUUGUGCUUGACAAAAUAUAUGCUUACUCCGAUCAUAAAAGUUUAAAUUGAUUGUUGUAGUUAUUGCCUUGUGCAUUUUUUCUUCACAAAGCCUUUGUUAAUAGAGGCCAAAGUGUCAGAUUUCUCGUGGUCUGGUAAUACUAAUGUCAUGACCAUUGACCAAGGCCUUUCGAUUGUAAAGUUCAUUUAGUUGUACAUGCGCAUUGAAUAAA